CCUUACGCGGUUGCGACCAAACUUGCGUUGGCUCAUUUGGCUGAGGGAGAAAGGACGGAUGAUGCGUUGGUUGGUUUUAAGAACUUUGCGGCUGCAAAUACGAAUCUAAAAGGGAUUGAGUUGACGGUUGAUGAUGUGGCAAACGUGGUUUUGUUUCUGGCGAGCGAUGAAUCGCG